AUGGCCCAUUCGUCAAGGCCCGAAGGGCAUCUCAACCUUAACUAUCUUCCCUCGCAACCACGAUCCGGCACAUCCACAGGCAGCUCAUCACCCAGCGAUCUACAGCAGGCUGGUCAGACAAAGUCCCCCUUUGGAGGCUCAAAUGGCCUAACUGGCUCAUCACAAUCGAUUGGAGUGUCAAGAAUGGGGGCAGGUUCCCCUUCUCAUGAUCUUGGCAACCGUCUCUAUCCCAAACGUGCUCGGGAAAUACAAGCUCAAGAAGGAGUAACUCCACAUAUCUGGGGAGGACCACCCACCAGUGGCAAUUCAACACCUCUUCGUGAGAAUAUUCCCGAAUCACCAAACCAAGACGAGUUCCCAGGUCUAGUGCCAUCACCUGAAACCAUAGCGUACAAUCCUGGUCGACGAACUCGCGCAGGAACUGUGCCAUCACGCUUCUCUCCCGUCGGACCGCUCAAUGGACUCAACGUUCAACCUUCUGUCAUCUCCAAAACUUCCAGACCUACCCCAUCCACCAGCCCAUUCCGCCCACAAAAUACAACUGGGGUAGAGUCCUCAAUGGUGUCCGCUCCAGGAACGGAGUCGAACACAGUUCUGCUGUCUCGCCUCCGAGCUGGCUCGAUGCCACAGCGACCCAAUCUCCUAAACAGUACAAGUCCGUUCGGCCCAUCUGUCUUCUCGACAAACUGGUCAUCUGGACGCGAGCGUGCUACCACACUGGCCAGCAUACGAUCCUCCGAAGGGCCCUCAUCGCCUACCCAAUCUUCCUUCUCAAAGGAUGGCCUUGCAGACGCUGACGUGAGGACGCUGGAUUACUUGGGGUUGGCAGAGACACCGCAGCAGUCUCGUGCUAGCCUCGCUGGGCCAUCAGUUGCCAUGCUCAUGCAGCAACAGCAGCAGCAACAACAACCAGCGUCAUCCUUACCGCCUCUUCUCGCCGAACUGGCUAUGCUCAAUCGGGGUUCAAAUCGCUUCCGAUCGUAUUCUGUCAAUGCAAAGGAGAAAUAUGCUGAAGACGAUGAAGAAUUUGGCACACAUUACACUGGUAUCCCCUCUGGUACCAUGACCCCAUCUGCCGCCGCUACCGCCGCCCAACUCGCCGCCACGCAGGCACAAAUCCAUCAACACAACCUUGCCGUCCAGGCCUUCGCAAACCAUGCAUCUUCGAGCCGCCCCAGAGCCCGUACUGCUGGUGUUCUAGAUGCUCCUCUUCAACGUUCCUCUAUCCGCAAUUACCUCGCGAGCCCAUCAAGACUUGAGAACAGCAUAAGUGCUGCUGAUAUUCGCAUCACAGAAGGUUCCGAGUAUGACGGUCUACCUGAGGCGGUUCAGAGAAUGCAACUAGGAGGUAUAGGGGGGUUAAGAUCGCAAGAACCGGUGGACGAAAAUAAUCUGGAGGGUCCAACUCGAGCAUUGUGGAUCGGUAGUAUUCCUGUCUCGACCACCGUUACCUCAUUGGAUGCUAUCUUUAAUGUAUACGGUAAAAUUGAGUCGACUCGUGUCUUGACCCAUAAGAAUUGCGGAUUCGUCAACUUUGAGCGUGUCGAGAGUGCCACUCAAGCCAAAUCUCUACUAAAUGGCAAGGAAAUAUUCCCUGGAGCUGGUCCAGUCCGCAUCGGUUACGCUAAAGUCCCAGCUACUCCUGUCUCUGAAACUCCAGGACAACCCGGCAGCCAACACUCCCCUACACCAGAUGCCAACACUGGAGCUGCUGGAUCUGUGGCUCGAGAUGGGACUCGCUCUGCCACACAAGAUGGCGAUGCUGUUAUUUCUUCCGCUAUCCCCGAUCUUCAAGAAAUACAGCCGGAAAUGAGCAAGAUAGUAAUAGAAUUUGGCUCUUCCGAAGCCGAAUGCCAAAAUAUUACUCUGAGCAUCCAGCGAGCCAUCAAUUUCACCGCAUUCGAAGAUGAAAUCCGGCCAGUACCUGAACCCAGUCAAUCGCGAGCCUUCGAUGCCCCUCGUCUCCGCGAAAUAAGGAAAAAGAUAGAUAACGGCGCCUGCAGUGCUCAGGAAAUCGAAGAAACCGCCAACGAAAUGCUUCCUGAGAUCGCCGAGCUGGCCUCUGACUAUCUAGGCAACACUGUUGUGCAGAAACUAUUUGAGUUCUGCUCUGAACAGGCUAAGGAACAGAUGUUGACGCCAAUAGCACCCCAUCUUGCAGAAAUCGGUGUGCAUAAGAAUGGUACAUGGGCUGCACAGAAGAUCAUUGACGUAUCUAAGGUGGCUUCUCAGAAGCAGAUGAUUGUUGACAGCCUAAGGCCGUAUACCGUUCCAUUGUUCCUUGACCAAUACGGAAACUAUGUUUUGCAGUGCUGCUUGCGUUUUGGUCCACCAUUCAACGACUUCAUAUUUGAGACUAUGCUUAGCCGCAUGUGGGAGAUUUCCCAAGGUCGUUUCGGUGCUAGAGCUAUGAGGGCAUGUUUGGAGAGCCACCACGCGACAAAGGAUCAACAAAGAAUGCUUGCCUCUGCCAUUGCGCUACACAGUGUUCAGCUAGCAACAAACGCUAACGGUGCCCUGCUCCUCACAUGGUUCCUUGACACAUGUACAUUCCCCAACCGCCGUACUGUGCUUGCUCCACGACUCGUGCCUCAUCUUGUGGCUCUUUGCACUCACAAGGUCGCUUACCUGACAGUGUUGAAGAUUGUGAAUCAGAGAAAUGAACCAGAGGCUAGAGAAAUCAUCUUGAAGGCUCUAUUUUUCAGCCCUGGAGAUGAGACGUUGGAAAAUAUACUCAAGGACCAGUCGUCUGGUGCAACGUUGAUCUUCAAAGUCCUUACCACUCCUUUCUUUGAAGAAGCCAUGCGUGCCGAUGUAGUCAAGACUGUCGCCAAGGUUCUCACUAAGCUGAAGACCACCCCUAGUCAAGGAUAUAAACGUCUUAUGGACGAAGUUGGCUUGUCAUCGCGCACCGCAACAACUCGUGAUUCCCACCACGCUCGCGACCAUGGAGCUGCUACUGACAGAGAGAAACACCAGCGUCAACCCGGCCAGCAGCGUCAGGAAGGGAAUGCAUUCCCAUCUCAACAACACCAGGCAGACCGUCAAUACACGGGCCAGAUGGGCGCUCAUAACAUGAACAUGCAGCCAUCCCUCAACUCUCCACCAAACAUGUCACGGUCAAUUUCCUCCGAACAAGCUCUCCCACAAUACGAUCCCUACGCAUUCGGCGCCAUGAACAGCCUUGCCGGCCUCCCAAUGACAAACCCUGGCCUUGCUCAAGAAAUGCCGCUAAAUCCACAGCAGUACCAAUAUCAAGCUUUCCUCGCGGCCCAAUCACGCGGUAUGCCAUCCGCCGGUUUCUUCCCACCUCCCGGAAACGGCAUGGGUAUGGGCAUGAAUGGCUUCCCCGUCACCACGGGCACGACUCUAGAUAACUUCCGUUCCGUGCAACCAGCCAUGGCAGGUCCUGGCGGGGCUCCUUUACCAAUGGGUGGCAACUCGAUAGUUCAGCCAACUGCGUAUGGAAACCAGCAAUUUAGCCCCGUCAUGGGCGCAGGCCAACUGUAUAAUUACCCUCAGCAAUUCUAUCAGCCAACCCCAGGGGCACAGGGUACUCCACCUUCCGGACGACGUGGUCGUGCUAUAUUAUCCAUGAUGCAGCUAUGUGUGUAA